UUGGUGUUUAUCGAUGACGUGUGUGCUGCAGCUGUGGAGAGACAUGGCUAACGUCACCUGACGGGUCGAAUACGUUUUAUUAAACGUCGACUACAACAAACAUUUACCGACUUUAACCGGGUGUCAAACAGGGGCAAAGAUGUUGGAGUCCUACGUCACACCGCUCCUGAUGAGCUAUGUGAACAAAUAUAUCAAGAAUCUGAAGCCAUCCGACCUGCAGCUGUCCCUCUGGGGAGGGGACGUGGUGCUCAGCAAGCUGGACCUGAAACUGGAUGUCCUCGAACAGGAGCUGAUGUUGCCCUUUACAUUCAUGAGUGGCCAUAUCCACGAGCUACGUAUCCAUGUACCCUGGACCAAGCUGGGCUCGGAGCCUGUCGUCAUCACCAUCAACACAAUGGAGUGCAUUCUGAGACUGAAGGAUUCAGCCCAGGAUGACCAUGAGAGUGGCUCCAGCUCCACCAGUCGCAGUGUUUCAGACAGCUCCAAGGCUGUUGCCAAGCCUCGCCGCCUCCAGCAGGCUGCCCCCAGCGACCCAGACCUGCCCCCAGGGUAUGUGCAGAGUCUGAUCAGGCGCGUGGUGAACAAUGUUAACAUCGUGGUGAACAACCUGAUCCUGAAGUAUGUGGAGGACGAUAUCGUGCUGUCGGUCAACAUUACCUCAGCAGAGUGCUACACGGUGGACGAUAUAUGGGAGAGGGCCUUCAUGGACAUCUCAGCUCCAGAGCUGGUCCUGAGGAAAGUGAUCAACUUCGCCGACUGCACGGUUUGCUUGGACAAGCGUAACGCUAGUGGCAAGAUUGAGUUUUAUCAGGACCCGCUGCUGUACAAGUGCUCCUUUAGAACACGCCUCCAUUUCACCUAUGACAACAUCAACUCAAAGAUCCCCUCCGUUAUCAAGAUCCAGACCAUGGUUGAGAGCCUGAAGUUGUCCAUUACUGAUCAGCAGCUGCCCAUGUUCAUCCGCAUUUUAGAGCUGAUUAUUUCCCUUUACUACGGAGAAAUCGCGGGAAACACAGAAAAGGAAGGAGAAGAAGGCGGUGGCCAUGUGAUUGAUCCUGGAGCAAUUAUACCUGGUAAGGAUUUGGAUAUGGAAAGCCAGGGGCCGAGCCCCUACUCAAGUCAAGACCUCUACACUCUGCCCGGGAGCCCUGAUGAGGGUGAGGGUUGGGUGUCCUGGGCUUGGUCUUUCGUCCCAGCCAUUGUAGCUGCUGAAGAGGAGGGUGAGGAAGGCUUCUAUCAGCAAAGAGAGACAAGAGGCAUCUCCAGUAACUCUCAACAACACACAUCCAAAGACCCCAUUGUGUCCAUCGGCUUCUACUGCACCAAAGCUUCUGUCACCUUUAAGCUGACAGAAACCCAGUCAGAGAGCAGCUACUACAGUCCGCAGAAGGUCAAGUCGAGAGAGGUUCUGUGUCUGGAGCAAGAGGGAAUCACUAUUGAGGUGCUGAUGAUGGGUGAGCCCUUCUUCGAUUGUCAGAUCGGCUUUGUAGGCUGCCGGGCGCUCUGCCUGAAAGGCAUCAUGGGAGUACGGGACUUUGAAGAAAACAUGAACCGAUGUGAAGAGGAUGCCGUGUUCUUCAGCUGUGGAGAUAGCCUCAGCAGUAAAGGAAUGACCUACCUUACCAACUCCCUCUUUGACUACCGCAGUCCAGAGAACAACGGAGUCAGGGCCGAGUUCAUCCUUGAUGCAGCUACUCACAAGGAGGCCUACACAGAGAUAGCGGGCUUACAGCGCUUUGGUGCUUUCUACAUGGACUAUCUUUACACAAUGGAGAGCAGCAGUGGAAAAGACUCCCCUGACUCCACUGUAAUAAUCAUGGAGGACGUAGUGCCCACUGUUCAAGAGACGUCCAUAAAGAGGCUGGUGGUGGGGCCGCUGGAUGUCAGGCUGCACAGUAGCGCCGUCCAUCGCAUCCUGAAGAUGGUGACUUGUGCCAUGGACCAUGAGUAUGAACCCUACUUCAUACCAGGGCAAGAAAUGGUGGAUGAAAGUCAUGCUGCAGCUACUCCAGAAGAGAUAUCAGCCCUGGAGGAAUUCAUCCCAACCAGACUCACGUGUCUUACUCUGCUCCAAGUCUCAGUAACCAUCUCCAUGGCUGAGUUCAACCUCCUUCACACACUAAUGCCUGUUAUCAUGGGCCAGAAGACGGUGCCAGGACCAGUCAACGUACCAGUGUUUCAGCCGGUGCGCCCUUUACCUGCUUUACAAUUCCAAGUGGAAAGGGUGAAUGUUGAACACUCAGUGCCCAUGUACGCUCCAGAGCUGAUCAGCACCGUCAUCAGCCUCAACAAGCCUUCUGACAACCUGCUGCAUCACUGCUAUGCACACCUCUGCCUCAAGGUGUUCGGGUUCCAGGCAGGCUUGACGUGCCAGGACAAUACAGGAGGUUUCCUUCCUCUCAUCCCAACCAUUCCUUCCUUCAGUACUGCACUUUAUGGGAAACUAAUCCAGAUGCCUGCAUGCUGGAGCAAAAGGUCUUCAGUCCCAACCACAGAGUGGAUUUUUGAGCUUCCUCACUUCACUGUUCAGGCAACACGGGCGCAGACGCUUUUGCUCCAAGCAAUCUGUCAGAGCUGGACGCACAGUGUGGGAAACGGAGGCCCGGUGUCACUCAGUGAAAGCCUGCUCAAUGAGGUGUACAAAACUUCAGGUGUGAAGUCUCCGGCCCCGUCACCGACUCUUGAGGGCUCUGUCCAAAACCUGGAGCUGAAGUUUUGCAGCAGUGCAACAGUGAAAUGUGCCUCAGGAACCGUGGGAGCUGUAAAAGUGUGUGCCAGGACCCCAGGUUCAGGACAGGGAGUGAAGGAGAAGCUUGUUCCUCUGAUUCAGGGCCCGUCUGACACCAAAGAACUCCACAUGAGCCGCUGGCUGAAUGAGAUCCGCAAGCCUGAAUCUCUGCUGGCCCCUGACCUGCUGGCAUUCUCUGUUCAGAUCCCUCAGUCUGGAGAUGAUUGCAGAAACUCAGGUGCAGUCCUGCUGGUGAAUGUCCAAGGCAUUGCUGUCAAUGUGGACCCAGUCUUCUGCACAUGGCUGUUGUACCAACCCCACAGAGGCAGCAGCAGGCAACAGCAACAGACUCCAGGUGCAGUUCCUUUGGCCAAGAGGAGAGAAGACGAUAUGUCGGUGGGGAGCACACCACUGGCCAAGCAGCCCUCCAAUCAGGCGUCAGACUAUGCCAGCAGCCCGGUCAAAACCAAGACAGUGACAGAAUCACGUCCUCUGUCAAUCCCAAUGAAGGUGAUGCCUGACACUACGACAGCAGAGAGCUGGACAGCAUCAGAGGAGAGAAUGAAGGAGCUCAUAGCACACGCCUGGGAUGCUGUGAAACGCCUCACUUUACAGAUGGAGCUGCAGUCAUGCUGUGUGUUCUUGCCCAACGACAGCCUCGCCUCCCCGAGCACAAUCGUCUCUGGUGACAUUCCUGGCACGGUUCGUAGCUGGUACCACAACCAAGCCUCUAUGCCCGGGACUCUUGUAGUCUGCCUGCCGCAGAUCACGGUCCUCAGUGCUGGGCACAAGUACAUGGAGCCUCUGCAGGAGCUCCCCUUUGUGGUCUCCAAGCCUGUCUUAGAUGAAGGUGAUGCUUUCCCUUGGACCAUCAGCCUGAGUCAGUUCAGUGUGUACACGCUCCUGGGACAGCAGAGAAGCCUCAGUCUGUUGGAGCCCAUGGGCUGCACCUCAACUCUGGCCAUCACGUCCCAUAAGCUGCAGAGCUGCUCUGAAGGAAGACACUCCUUCGUAGUUUGCCUGCAUGUUGAUCUGCAGCCCAUCCACGUCAAGUGCUCCAACCCGCAGGUUCAGCUUCUGUAUGAGCUCCUCCUCAGCUGGAGCUCCACAUGGGCUCGUCUCCAUAGACAUGGCAUCCUACGUCAGACCUCCAACAUCCCAGAACCUGCAAGUGCCGCUCUGUCCUCCCCCGUGCGCAGCAGUGCCGGCACGGCCCUACCAGACACCAGCACCUGUAGCCCCUCUGCAGACUUUGGCUCCCCCACUGAGGGUGACUCGGUGCCUGCAGGAGACGACAAUCAGUUUGCAGACACCGUGACUCUGGAGCAGAAAACCAGCAACAUUGGUGGCACCGGCGGGAAAGUCAGCCUUUGGAUGCAGUGGAUGUUACCCAAGGUCACAGUUAAACUGUUUGCUCCUGACACAGCCACCAAAAAGACAGAGAUUUGUGUCAUCAGUGAGCUAGAAGACUUGAGUGCCUCCGUCGAUGUCCAGGAUGUUUACACAAAGAUCAAAUGUAAAGUCGGCAGCUUCAAUAUCGACCACUACAAAUGCAGUACGGAGGAGGGUGUGUGGAGCUCAGGCGGCUGUGGAGGAGUGGUCCUCUCUUGCACUGACAAGCUGAACAGACGCACUGUGUUGGUUCGUCCGGUCAGCAAGCAAGACACUCUCAGCCACUUCUCUGGCUUUUUCCCUCCUACGGCAGCCAAAGUCUUGGAGGGCUCUCAUCAGCAGCAUGGCUUCCUUUCGAUCACCUACACUCAGGCUGUCACCAAAAAUGUCCGUCAUAAACUCACCACCCGGACUGAGCGACCCACACGCACUGGGGCUACAACUGCCAGUCAGCGGGUCAACACUGAUCCUCUGGCAGACGGCUCCCCUCAGUACCUGAGAGAGAUUCUGCUGACAGCGCAGCCCUUUGAUGUGGUGCUGUCCUGUCCUUUGUUGUCGACUGUAGCAGGAGUGUUUCAGACUACCGUUCCGAGACGCUACAAAGAGCGCGGCAAAUCAGUUGGUCAACCAAUGAGAAGCCACACGUUGACCUCUCGGUGUUUGCCACUCAUGUACAUUAACACCAGUGUAAUCAGGGUCUUCUUCCCCAGAACAAAAGAAAAAGAAACAGCUCCAGAUGAUCCUCACGUGAAAAAAGAAGACACCCUGGUGUUAAAGCUGGGCUCCGUCAGCAUGGCUCCUCAGGCGGAUAACCCUUUGACCCGCACUGUGCUGCGAAAAGACAUCUACCAACGAGCUAUGAAUCUGGGUAUCUUACGUGACCCAGGUUCAGAAGUGGAGGACCGUCAGUAUCAGGUCGACCUACAGUCCAUCAACAUUGGAACUACUCACUGGGAGCAGCUAAAGCCAGAGAAGGAGGGAAACAAAGGAGGUGUGUCAGCUGAGAGUGAGAGGAGCUCCCAGAACCCGGCGCUGGAGUGGAACAUGGCCAGCAGUAUCAGACGGCACCAGGAGCGAAGAGCCAUCCUGACACCGAUCCUGACGGACUUCUCUGUGCGGGUUACUGCUGCCCCAGCCAUCAUCUUCAGCAAGAACCUGUCUCUCGACUGCCUGCAACCAGAGGAGGUGGUGGUCUGUGGACACUCUCUGGAGGUGAAUGUGACCAGCAGUCUGGAUUUCUACCUCAGCAUUGCCCAGGUUCAGCUCCUCCAGCAGCUGUUCAGAGACAACAUGGUGGGGAUGGACGCUCCAGAGAAGAGUGCAGAGGUGCGUCCCUCUCAGCAGAAGCGUGGCAGUCGAGAUGCAGUGGCAGGUGUUGACUCCUCGUCUCGUCACAGCGGGACCGGGCAGGACAGCGGCUUUGGCAGCGACAGUACUCGCAUUCGCAUCAUCCAGAUAGAGCAACAGAGUGGAGCCAGCCACCACUGCAUUGCUAGACCUUCCCACAAGUCCACCAUCACCAAGAACCUGAGCUUCAUUCCAUUUGACAUCUUUCUGACCGCCAGCAGGCUUUCCAUCAUGACAUACUCUUGCACAAGUCCUCCAAAAUCUCUCCAGUCAUUGAUAGAAACACCCAGCACACCUGAGAAGAAGGAAUCCGGGGAUAAGAUAGGAAGAAGUGCCCUCAACCAGCCUGAGAUCCACUCUGAGAUCUCUCCAGCCUCGGCCUCCCCGACUCCAGAAUCUGUCCCUGCUCCUCCAGGUUCCCUUGCUGCUCUGACAGCCGAGGACAUCCUCAACAGCAACACCUCUCAACCAGCCUCUCCACUGCCAAGAAGAACCCCUCUCACCCUGGAGGGCCUACCAAAUCCCACCCGGUCCUCAGCUCGUCAAGCCCUUGGUGUGACCAUAGUGAGGCAGCCUGGCAGAAGAGGGGCAGGGGACCAAGUGCUGGAACCUCUCCUGUACCUCCAGGUGAUACAGCCUUCUGCUCUGCUCAGUUGCCAUCACCGCAAGCAGAGGAUGGAGCUGUCCGUGUUCGAUGUGGCUUUAAGAGGAGUAGCGUCUGACUACAAGUGUCUCGACCAGGGAAAAUCUCUGCCAGAGUCGCUGGAUUACAAUGUGUUCUGGUUGCAGACAGUGGCCGGAGAGGUGGACAACAAAACAGGCAUCCCUCCCCCUCUGCUCUGUCUUAAUAUCAAAGAUUUCCUCAAUGGACCAGCUGAGCUGAUCGUGGAGAUAUCCCGCCCUCUGAAAAUCAACCCCACGCUGGCAAAGCUGGAGCAGUCCAAAGCCUACCUGAAGAAAGUCUUACCAAACUACACGUGGGAUAAAACUCCGACUGCUUCCUCCAGCCCUCAGUCAUCCCCAUCAAAGACGCAUCAGAGAGCCCAUCCCUUCCGCUCUGACCAACACCAUCAGGCCUCUGCCCUGGACAAAGCCAGCAGCAUCAGCGCCCUGACCCUCUCCUUCCACAGGGUGUCUCUUCACACUGCUCAAAUCGUGUUUGUUAUGGAGACGGAGGCCCAUCCGAUGAGGCCCAGCGUGACAGUGACAGUGUCAGCCAUGGCAGGAAGUCUGAAUAUGAAGUCAGGGCCUAGGAUGGAGGAUGCCAUUCAGUCUGCUUCUGUGCAGCUGGAGCUGCAAGAUGUGCUCGUGAGAACAGGUCUGAAGGACCGAAGCCGUCUUCUGCUGGGCCCGUUCUCCUGCAGCACUUCCCUGGAGGCUCGGUGGUGUCGGCACAGCGGCAGCCCUGGAUCCGAGCCUGGCCUCCCUAAACUUCUGCUGGACCUGAAGGGAGGCCUUCUGCAGCUCUUCUGGGGCCAGGAACACCUGAACUGCCUGAAGCUGGUGGAGGAGCACGUACAGAUGUACUUAGACCGCCAGAGAGGGGAUUCAGCUGAUGGCUGUUCUAAGAGCAAGGCCUGCAGCACCCAACCACCUGCCUCUCCUGGUUCACCCUCUCCUCAAACAGAACACAGCUCUGAUGACCUGCGAACAGGACAUUUCCAAUACAUACAGGACUCAGCUUCCCAGAGACUGCCAAGUCCCCAUGAAGUGGUGUUCUACAGUGAGACAGAGGAGAGCCCAGGGGUCAUGCUGUGGAGGUAUCCUGAACCUCGUGUCCUUACCUUCGUCAGAAUCACUCCCGUUCCUUUCAACACCACGGAGGACCCUGAGAUCAGCACGGCCGACCUGGGGGACGUCCUGCAGGUACCAUGCAGUCUGGAGUACUGGGAUGAGCUCCAGCAGGCCUUUGUUCCAUACCGGGAGUUCAGACUCUCAGAGAGCACUGCAUGCCAGCUGCAACUGCCUAGUCUCAGUCUCACCAACCAGCAGAAGGAGCUGGUAGCCUCAGACCUGUGGAGGAUCGUUCUCAAUAAUAAUGGAGAAGGAGGGAUGAGCAAAGGAUGUGGAUCCCAGCUGCCAUGUGAUCAGUUGGUAUCCCCCAUGGCGUUGGCAGCCUGCACUCGUGUGGAAUCCUGUUUGCAUCUGGUUCGUGCCCUCCCCUGGGUGUAUCUCCUCAAACUAGCACAGCUUGAUGUUCACCUCUGCCACCAUGCUGUGUCUCACUCUUCCCGUCCCAUCGGACAACUUCGUCCCUUCCUGCCAGACAGGAAGUUACCCAGGAGCAAGAGUUCACUGGUGAUUGGUUCUCUGGAGCCGUGUGUUUUCCUGCGCCAGUGGAGUAAUGGGCCGCGUCACUGUCGGGAAUUCAAUUUUUCCACACAGCUAGACUGCAAGUUGCUGGAGUACCGGAACCUAACGCACCUUCAGCUUCUGCAGCCGUGUGUCAUACAGGGCCAGGCUGCUGCCACCUGCUGCCCCCAGAACACCACCCUGGAUGUGAACGUGUUUGUGGAUCCAGUUUAUCUUAACAUCAGCCAGUACACCAUCCACACUGUGGACACUGCCCUGCAGAGCUGGCAACAGCUCUCAGCUCUCAGCACUGCCUCUGAAUGGAAACCAAGAGAGGAGCUUAUUUACAGCCAUUUUGUAAUCUGUAACGACACCAACGAGACGCUGCGCUUUGGCCAGGUGGAUACGGAUGAGAACGUGCUGCUGGCCAGCCUCCACAGUCACCAGUACAGCUGGAGAUCACACAAGUCCUCUCAGCUGCUGCACAUCUGUAUCGAGGGAUGGGGGAAAUGGCGAUGGUCAGAGGCCUUCAGCGUGGACAACAUAGGGACUAUGUUGAGGACCAUUCAGUACAAGGGACGCACUGCGCUCAUCAUUAAGGUGGUGCAACUCACCGGUGUCCAGAAACAGGUGAUCAUCUGUGGGCGCCAGGUGAUGUGCAGCUACCUGACUCAGGACAUUGAGCUGCGGGUGGUGCAGCACUACGUGGGGACAGACGGUCAGACGGUGGUUCGGGAACAUUGUGACUGCCUGGCGGGGGCCAAGUUGCAGUCUUACGUCCUGGAGGAUGCUGAAAUGACCGAGCUGUGUGUGAGAGCUCAAGGAGACGAGGACUGGUCCCAGGAUGUUGAGCUUGAGAGGAGGGACAAGGACAGCAGCCGCUCUGUUGUGCAGUUACCCUGCUCCAGCGGCUCCUUGCUGUAUGUUUGGUGUACUCUCGUCACCAUCGAACCAGACUCUCUAAUGCAGCAGAGACUGGUGGUUUUCAGUCCACUUGUCAUGAGGAGCCAUUUGCCAGAUCCAGUACUGGUCCACAUCGAGAAGAGGAGUCUGGGACUGAGGGAGAGCCAGCUGAUUAUUGGACAGGGCCACCAGGAGCCUCUGUUAAACACAGAGGCUGACCUCACCCACCAUCUCACUUUCCAAGCCAGGGAGGAUGAAGACGCUUCCCACUGUGCUGUACCGAUCUCAACCAACCUGAUCAAACAGAUUAUGAACAAGACUGGAAAUGAGGAAAACCUGGACCACAUCCUGGCUGAUUUCUACGGUCCGAAGACCUCCAACGAGCCACCGUGGCCCUACGUCGUCAAAGACUCUGAAAGGUCAGUCCUGGAGACCCUCGCCCAAUGGGAAAGUCCCAUGCAAGUCAAGUUAUCCUGUUGGAAGUCCGGCCUGAACACUCUACUGGUAGAACUGCUGCCGUGGUCCCUCCUGGCCAACCACUCCCAGUGGGAUUUGUGGCUCUUUGAGGGGGAGACCAUCGUCCUACAAAUACCAGCUGGCAAAGUCAUCGUACCACCGAACUUCAAGGAGGCCUUCCAGAUCGGUAUCUACUGGGCCCACACGAACACCGUCCACAAGUCUACAGCACUGAAACUGGUCCACGACAUGACGUCUCCUCGAUGGAAGGAGGGACUAGGUUCAGAGGUGGUCACUCUGGAUGAGGAGGGAUACGUCGAGGCUGACAUCACAUUGGGAGCCUUCCCUGGCAAACAGAUGCUGUGUCAGUUCUGUGUGUCAUCUGUGGUGAGACAUGGCAUCCAGAUUCUGCAGAUAGAAGACAAAACUAUUCUUGUCAACAACACUCCAUACAUGAUUCAGUACAGGCCUCUGAUGACUGACCACGCUCUGGGAACUGAUGACCAGGCCUGUGAGAUCCCAGAGACAGCCGCGUUCAGCAUCCCUCCCUCUGAAGACUCAUCUCCAGCCAAACCCUGCUCCGUGCCAUAUUGGGACCUUAUCCAGACAAGUGUCCAGGGAAAGGUUGAGUUCCCUCUGCCACUCAGACACAUGCUCUUCAGCUUGUUUCCCAGGCCUGAUGUUGGAGUUGGAUCUACAGCUUGGAGCCUCCCCGCCCCGAUUCGACCAGACUUCCUGAGGCAGAGUUUGUCUGUUCCUGGGGAACCGAGCUCUUGGGGUGGCCUGAGCAGCAGAGGCAUGAUACUGACAUAUCAGGAGCACCUUGGGGUGACAUACAUCACCCUGAAUGAGGACCCCUCUCCUCGGAUGCUGAUCCACAACAAGUGUCCCAUCCCGCUGCUUCUAAAGGAAACUCUGAAAGAAACUCCAAGGACCGAGGUGCACUGUUGUCCUCUGCCAGCUAACAGCUCCCUGCACCAUGAGCUCUACCACCAAUCUUCCAGUUUCCCUGAGUGCAGGCAGAAAGAGAUGCUGCCCACGCUGCUGCUGAAAGCCACCUUAGACCACAGCUCCACUGAGUGGACUGACCCCAUAGAUAUUAACAGCCCUGGCACUCAGGUUGUGUUUCUGCCUGGCUUCGGCUGCCUCUACAUAGAUGUGGAGUAUGAGAAAGGCACUCUGAUUCUCUCUUUGGCACCAGAGGGCAGCGUGGACGCUGUAAUCAACCAGCACAGCAGGUCUACAGACGUGUCCUUCAGAGUCCUCCUGAGUGAAGCCAGUGUUGUGUUAAGCGAUGACAUCACCAGCUCCUCUGGUUCAGUGGAGCUGCUGAGGCUGACAUUGGCCAAGCUGCUCCUCAGCCUGGCUCCAGCUCCCUCCUCCCUGCUCUCACAGCUGGCAGUCGACCCUGUCGUGGCGUCAUCACCAAUCUCCUGCCUGACGCCUGACGGCUCUCUGAUCGAGGUCUAUUGUUCCAGUCUGCAAGUGGACAACCAGCUGUACAACCGAGCCAGUUUUCACUUCCCAGUGUUGCUGUGCCAGGAUCAGAGAGGGGGGACCGAGCCUGGAGGACCCUGGAGCGCUGAUGCUAACCCUACCAGGUCUCCUGAAGCCCUGGAGGAGUUCAAACACUCCUGUUUCUUGCAGCUGAGGAUGGCUCUGGCUGGAGACAGAUACACUGUGGAGGAGGUCACCGUCCAGCUUCAGCCUGCCAGAGUGUACCUUGAGGACACUUUUGUUUACUACCUUAAGACUCUGUUCAACACCUACAUCCCCGACAGCGCUGUGAGAUCAGCCCCAGUGAAGACCCAGACGAGUAGAGGGCCUGGCUCCGGCCCCAUCCUCCCUGAGCAGGUCCUUCAGUCAGUGCACGCUUUGGUCCACCCUGUGAAGCUGCAGAGGCUGACCAUCCAGCCUGUCAACCUGUUGGUCAGCAUCCAUGCCUCACUGAAGCUGUACAUCGCUUCAGACCACACCCCUCUCUCCUUCUCCCUGUUCGAGAGGGGGCCGCUUUGCACCACCGCCAGACAGCUAGUGCACGCUCUGGCUAUGCACUACGCUGCUGGAGCACUAUUUAGAGCUGGUUGGGUGGUGGGAUCUUUGGAGAUCCUUGGCAGUCCCGCCAGCUUGGUGCGUAGCAUCGGUAACGGUGUGUCUGACUUCUUCCGGCUGCCGUACGAAGGUCUCACUCGUGGACCUGGAGCGUUCGUCAGUGGAGUCUCCAGAGCCACCUCCUUCGUCAAACACAUCUCCAAAGGCACACUGACAUCCAUCACCAACUUGGCAACAAGCCUGGCAAGGAACAUGGACCGUCUGUCUCUGGACGAGGAGCAUUAUACCCGGCAGGAGGAGUGGAGACGCCAGCUACCAGAGAGCCUCGGGGACGGACUGAGGCAGGGGCUGUCUCGACUCGGCAUUAGCCUGUUAGGGGCCAUCGCAGGCAUCGUGGACCAGCCCAUGCAGAACUUCCAGAAGAACUGGGAAAUGCAGAGCUCAGCUGGGAGCAAAGCCAAAGGGGUCAUCUCUGGAGUGGGGAAAGGCAUCGUGGGGGUUUUCACCAAGCCCAUCGGAGGAGCAGCUGAACUGGUGUCCCAGACUGGAUACGGGAUCCUUCAUGGAGCUGGACUGUGGCAGCUUCCUAAACAGCUGUACAUGCCCACAGAGGAGAAGUCUGCUCAUGCUCCAAACAGCCACCUGAAAUAUGUUUGGAAGAUGCUCCAGUCUCUUGGGCGACCGGAGCUCCACAUGGCCCUUGAAGUGACGAUCGUAAGUGGGUCAGGUCAGCAGCAUGCUGGCUGCCUGCUCCUCACUUCUGAGGUCCUGUUUGUGGUGAGCCUCAGUGAGGACACCCAGCAGCAGGCCUUCCCCAUCACCGAGGUGGAGUGUCAGCAAGAGCCGGGACAGCCGGACCAGCUCACCCUUACCUUACAGCAGCAGGCGGUCAUCAGUGAUACAGAGGGUGACAGUGCUCGUGAACGUCUGUCAGAGCAGCAGUAUCAGCGCUUGGUGGAUUACGUGAUGCGCGCCUGCCAGUUUCUCUCACCCUCCGUCGCCUCCCUCCAGCUGCAGCCUCUGGUGAUACUUGCCAACCCCCCGCUUCCCGUCACCAAGUCUUACCACUACCUGGUGGACCCUGCCUUCUCUAAAGUGUUUGUCAGCAAGUUCACCAUGGUAAAGAAUAAAGCCUUACGCAUCGGAUUCCACUAACACAUAAAACACAUAUUUUUGUGUCACUCAAAAAUAAGCCUUAAAAAAUCUCGUAUUGAAGAGAUUACUACCUGUUUAUGCAAAAACAUAUCUGUGUAAGUAGAAUAAGAUUUAUUUUAUCAAAGUGAGUCCAUAAAGAGAAUUCUGAAACGUGUUUAUAAAGUUAUAUUUUUUUAAAAGUUAUAACAAAUUCAUCAUAAAAUCAGAAAACUCAGAUUAAAUGACAGACACACAUAUCAGUUCAGAAGCUGUAAACACUAAGAGACAUUUUUUACCUUCUUGGACCAACAGUGUGUUCUCCUCCCCGACUUUUGUAACGCCCAGUUAUUAUAAACACACAGAAACACUCAGCUGAAGAGAUCUUUACAUUUCCAGACAAACUGCCUGUAGAGUCUCAAUCUGCAGGAUAUUCUCAUGUUUACAUCCUCCUACAGUGACGGUGUCUCGUGCCAACGUUAAGUGCAAUAUUAGAUACGAGUUGACGGACACCAGAGACACCAGCUGUCAACCAAAAUGUUUUUAAAGAUGAUGUAAUAUACUCGUUCAACAAUAACACUGUGCUUUGUAACCCUACAUCGAAGCCAACUCCUUGUGAUAACGCCACCAUGUUGUUUGCCUUUAAUGUUGUCGUAGCAUCGAGCUCAUCUAAGAUUUAACGCCUUGAAUGUAUGUUAAUUGAUAAUAUAUUAAUGGAGAAACAUUUUAAUAAAAAAGAAUGAAAAUAUGA